GCUGGGUUCCGGGCGGUGUGCGAGCGCCAUGGCGGCCGUGCGGGGCGGCGCUGUCCUGCUGCUCCUGGCGCUGUGCCUGCAGCCGCCGCCCGCCCGCGCCCGCAGCCUCCGCUUCGUGACGCUGGUGUACCGGCACGGAGACCGCUCGCCCAUCAAGGCCUUCCCGCGGGACCCGUUCCAGGAGAGCGCCUGGCCCCAGGGAUUCGGGCAGCUCACGCAGGUGGGGAUGCGGCAGCAGUGGGAGUUGGGCCAGGCCCUGCGGCGGCGCUACCGCGGCUUCCUCAGCGACACGUACCGGCGGCAGGAGAUCUUCAUCCGCAGCACAGACUGUGAUCGGACGCUGAUGAGUGCAGAGGCCAAUCUGGCAGGCCUCUAUCCCCCAGAGGGACAACAGAUGUUCAACCCUAACAUCUCCUGGCAGCCCAUCCCUGUGCACACAGUGCCCGAGUCUGAGGAAAGGCUACUGAAGUUCCCUUUGACCUCCUGUCCACGAUAUGAACAGCUACAGACUGAAACACGGCAUUCAGCAGAAUACAUAAAUAAGACCAAAGAGAAUUGGCAAUUCCUGAAGAUGGUGGCAAAUGAGACUGGGAUCCGGGAUAUCUCGCUCGAGAGUGUAUGGAGUGUGUAUGACACACUGUUCUGUGAACAAGCCCACAAAAUGGAUUUGCCUGUAUGGGUGACACCAGAUGUCAUGAUGCAGUUGAAGCAACUAAAAGACUUUGGUUUUGAAUUUCUGUUUGGGAUCCACAAUCGGGAAGAAAAAGCUCGUCUGCAAGGCGGGGUCCUGCUGGAUCACAUAAGGAGAAACUUAACCAAAGCAGCAAAUGUUUCUGCCCAUCAGAACCUGAAACUACUUGCCUAUUCAGCACAUGACAGCACACUUGUGGCACUGCAGAUGGCUCUAGAUGUCUACAACAAGAUCCAAGCACCAUACGCCUCAUGUCAUUUAUUUGAACUGUACCAAGAGGAUGAUGGUAACUUCUCUGUGGAGAUGUUUUACCGGAAUGAGAGUGGGAAGGAACCUUUCCCUCUGACAAUCCCUGGCUGUGAGCAUAAAUGCCCACUGCAAAGAUUCUUGCAACUCACAGAUCCUGUUGUUCCCCAGAACUGGGAGCAAGAAUGCAAGGUAGCCAGCAGCAUCCAUGACACAGAACUGUUUGUGGGUUUGGCUGUGUGUGGAUCCAUUCUCCUCCUCCUUAUAAUCCUCCUCUUGACUGUACUCUUUCGCAUACAGUCUCAGCCCCCCGGCUACCGGCAUGUUUCCAAUGAGGGAGAAGAGCAAGCCUGACAGUUGCUUCAGCUCCUUCCCAGGCAGUAGCAGGGAGCUGUGUUGCCCUUAAGAAUGACUGGGCACCUUCACUUACUGAGCCGCCUUCUAUUUUGGCCUUUGCUUCCCAGAACAAAGCUGGACUUGAUUUUUGGAUGCUUUCUAAAGGUGACAUCCCAGAGAAAAAGGACUAAGCUACUCUAGUAGAAGUAACACCUUAAUUUUGAAGCCAGUAUACUGUGUGGUGCCCCUGGUCCUCAUACAGCUUACCUAGUCUGGGUAACAACAUGGCCAGUUCAAGUUUUCCUCCUUUCAACUGACUGUAAAUGUUACCACUCAUCAUGACUCUGGCAAAGAAGCUUGGGCCUCCAGCAGCUGCCACAUCCAGUUGCAUUUCUCUUCAGGGUCAACCUGUUCUGAGUGCUUUCCCCUCACACCAUAAGGCUGCUGAUGGUGGGAAGGCUGGGCUUGGAGCUGAGGGCACAGCUCACCAGCGAUGCACCAAGAUUCAUCUCCUGUCCAUGCAGAGGGAACUGCUGCAGGUGAUGGGAGACAGUGGAAGUGUUUCUUGAGGUUGCUGCCGAGUGGCUGCUGCCAAGUAGUUGCUGUUGGCAGCUGGUCUUUUUUUCCCUUCUCACCCUGUGGCUCAAGAGAGGACUGGCCUGAAAUCAGGGCAAGAUUGAAAACCUGGCAGUAGUUCCUAGGAUUCAGCUCAGAGUAGAACCAUAGAACCCAAAGCUCUUAAGAGCUUCAUGAGUGAGAGUAAAUUCCUGCAACCAUAGCAAACCCACGCUCCAUUUCUUGAGCAGUGUUGGCUCUAGAAAGUAAAGUCCCCGUAGAUAGGAAAGCUAGGUUCUCUCUAGAGAUCCAAAGUUUGAAUUUUACUUCCCACCUUUGAACUUCAAGUUCAGGCUUGAGUAAGUCCAACUCGAGUAUCCAGUACUGCAGGCAGUCCAGAUUUCAGCCCAAGGAAUAUGCUUCAUUAGCAGAAUGUUUUUAUGCUGCAGAUGUAGCAGAGCUGUUUACCUAAGACUAGAUUAAAUGCCAAGUUCUGUAGUUUUUCUUCCUGUCUUCCCUACUGGAUGGACAACAAUCAAUCAAAAAAACCACCAUUAAGGAUCAGAGUUGGCAGGUGACUGUAUUCCUUUAAUUGCCACACUUCAGCAUUUUGUCCAAAGUGUGAUUCUUUCUCUCCUGGCUGGCCUUUCAGUGACUGCAGCUGCUGCAGGGACUUUCACGCCAAGUGUUCACUACCUGCCUUGUAGCUUUUGGCAAAAAAUGAGACUGCAGUGGGCACCAGAAGCACAGGCUCUUCACAUGGUGAUGCUGCACAUUCACUUCCCACUUUUACUUCCCUUUCUGGUGCAGUUCCCUUUCCCUCUUGGCAGCAGAAGCCAGUUCUUAGGCUACAGCCAUUUCCUUUUCUUGCCCUAAGGAGUACCAUGGGGACUUUUCCCCAUACCGUAAUCAGCAUCUGCCACCAUGGGAACUGUAAAUCAGCAGAAGUAGCUUGCUGUUCUCAGCAUCUUCCUCACCUUUUUGUCCACUGAAGAUAUAAACGAGGUCUCCUGCACAGCAAGAGAGUAAUUUAAAAAAAAAAGCUCCUGCCUGUGAGAACAGGCACAAGAAGGGGGUAAUAGAAAGUGCAUUGCAGAGGACCAGACCUGUUAUUUUUAAAGGCACCAAAUUUUGCACACACAAAGGAAACGUUUCUAUGAUGAUUUAGACAUUUUGACUGUGAAUGACUUCCUGUAAUUGCUCCGAUACAUUUCAUUAUUAAAAUCAAAUUCGUGCUGAACUCUA